ACGUUUCGUGUUACUACACAAAGCUUUCAUGAAAGUGAAAAUACGAAUAUUUGGAGAUGCAAAAAGUUCAGUGAUUGACAUGAGUUUUCAAUUUUAUGUGAUGGGAUAAAAUUAUUUACUGGAAAGCAGGAUGGCGUCAAUGUAUGACCGUGGUUCACCCCCACGUUACAGGCGCCACACAACGUCCGUGCUCCAGUCUCUACAGUCACGAAGCGUUCCCAAUUCUGCUAGACUCUCCUCAACACCUCGUCCUACAUCGGCUCUGGACCGCAGAAUGGUCCACAGGUCAUACGUUGAUGUAACGACAGACAUGGACUCACCCUCAGCACAUUCCACCCAUCAACAAGACCACUUCUACACAGAGCUGUACAGGAAGUACCCACAUGCGUUUCGACGUCGCCUAGAGGCUCGUGAUGCAGGGAGACAACUGUUCAAUUCCAGGCACCACGUGAGAUUCAAGGAUGAGAUUAAUGAUGAAUCAGAAAAUUCUGUCCAUUUACACAAUGGUUCUGUGUCGGCAAGGACUUUAACUAACUGGGAUAAAGAAGUUGGGCAUUAUUUUAGACAAGGUCAAAGUUCAAGGUCGCAAGAACGUUUGAAUUCAGAUUGCGAGGGUUCAGAAAUGUCUGUGAAACAGAGGCUGCGAAUGAAUUCUAAACACUUGAAUAAUUUGUUGAAUGAAGGGUCUCCUUUUAGGAAAAGAAAGAGUGGGGAUCAUGUGCAAUAUGACAGUGGGAUGGAAAACGGGCAAAGCUUGCAGGAUUACAUGCUAGAAAAAAGCAAGGAAAGAAGUCGACACAGGAAGAAGCAUCAUAGAAUUAUAAUACAACGAAAAAUUACCAAAGAUGAUGAUAGAGAUGAAAACAAGGAAAAUGAAAUCCGCCAACGCAGAUGGAUGAGCAAGUCAGCAUCUCCAGUUGCCAGGAACCGGCUCACCUUCAACCCUUAUGUGAUGAGUUUACCUAGAGACAACCACCAUGUUGAUGUUGAUGCUUUGAUUUCAAACACUGAUUUACAAAUUGAUACUGUUUUAGAAAAUAUCAAUAUAGCAGGUCAAGAGUCGCCGCCUGACAGUGCCAUAGACAUCGGGACACCCUCUGUGCAGUCACUGGUAACAACAGGCAGAGGGGUGCCCUUUAGUAAGUCUAUGGAGAAAAAAGAAGAGUUGCCUUCUCCUGACUCUGAAGGAGGGAGAGUAAAUUCAGGGGAGAUAAUUGGUGAAAAUGUAGAAUCCAGUCCAGGAAGUAGUGCUAGUGCAUGUGUAAGAAACAGUAAGACAAAUGAGGAAAACCAAUGCACGAACAGUGAAUCAAUAAUGAGUAAUGUUGAUAUUAAUAAAGAAAAUGAAACAGUAGUAAACACAGCUAUGAAUACAACAGAGCCUGCAGCUGUUGCCGGUGACACAUGUAGGAUGCAGGAAAUCAAUGAGAUUAACAAACUAGUUGAGGAAUACAUGCUUACCUCAGAACACAUUGACCAGCUAGAAUCUAGGCAGGGGGAGGCUGGUCUGUUACAGAUCUUCAGUAAAGAGAUGGGAUAUGACACUGAACACAGCAAUUACAAGUGCAAUGCUCCAGAUAUUAAUUCAGACUUUUCGGAUCAAAACAGAAUUUCUGAAUCAGUAGUAACAUUUUCUACAGGUGAAACUUUGAGUAGUGUUAAAGGUGCUUAUAAAGACAAUACUGCUGAGGGGAAUGAUGAUGGUAUGGCAGUGAAUGGUUCUAAUUUCAAUAAUAGAGAGUUGACAGAAGCCAAUUACCAUGCUGAUGAUGAACGGGAGGGCGAGGAAAAUGUUGCCAUGGAAAUAAGAUCAAAGUCAGAACAUGAAAUAGCUUCAAAGAAGACGAUGCAUAAAGACUCAGAUGUCGACUCGGGCAUCGGACAUAGCAGUACCUGCACAGAAUCACUUCCUCCGAGGGGUCGGGGCAAGUCAAGGGGGGUAACCAUGAAACCACAGCCUGUCAGGGCUGACCACAGUAUUCUCCCUUUGAGGUCAGAUGUUGAUGUCGACAUAGCAGAAGAGGUUGACCUGAUUGCAAGGCUGUCACAUGACCUUGUCAGAGGAGGCAAUCCUAUAGACAAGGGAGAUGAUACAGACUUCUCCCUAGGCACAUAUCGCGAGUCCAUGAGGGAAAAAAAAGUGGCAGAGAAAUACCGCAAGGCCCGAUCACCAUCCCCAUUCAUCUUGUUGAAAACUGGCCAAUCAGCUUACAGCAGGAGACCACUAAGUGCUCCUUCGUUUGUGAAGAGUGACACUGACAUGAAGGUCGUAGAUAUUUCAUUGUGUAAUGAGAGUUUGUCUGACCUGUCUUCAAAUAUCUCCAGUCCUGGAGGAAUUAACUCACACUCAAUGCCAAACAGAACGAAGGUUAGUUGUGAAUACCAACAAGAAGUGAACACUGCUGGAAAAGUUUCGGUUCAACAAAAGUAUGCCUCCACCCCAAAUUUGACAAAAAAUGAUAUUCAUCGAGACUUUCACAACAAUGAUUAUGACUACCAUAAUCCAGUGUCUUCCAACGUGCAAAAUUCCAAACAUCAAAAACAUUCAGUGACCUCCCUUUCGUCCCGAGGGAGUUCAAUGUCUCCUAUUAGUGAAAGUGACUCGGAUCAGCCUACGCAAAUAUACAAGGAAGAUUAUCAUACCCAGCAAACACAAAAAGCUGAUAAUGACAGUGCCAUAACAAAUCAAAGACAUGCUCAGAAGCAGAGUGAAUUGAAUCAUAAACCAAAUGUAAAUGGAAAUGUGCAUCAUGUUGAAGCAACCAUACAUUAUAACACUGACCAUGUACACAGUGAUCAGCAUUUACAGACUGGUGCAGCGAAGAUCACGGACAAGAGAGGAGUGUUUAAACCUGGUGUUACUUCACCAAGAGUGAAGGAAAAAAGACUCAAACUUCGCAAUAUCCUGAAGAACAAGAAAGGCAGCUUUAAUCCCAUCGAGAGUGAGAGCUGGGCACUGGCAGAUGAAAGAAAUGUUGUGAACAGGAUCUACGCUAAAGACCGGGGACCAGAAAGUGAUAGCAAUCAUAGAAGGUUCACAGACACUGGUAUGGAACAGACCAGUAACCAUGGUGAUGGUUCCAGUGUUGGUAGUCAUGUUUCCUGGCAGGACUCUAUAGAAUCUAGAGGCAGAAAUGGUGCUUCUGUGUCUAACACUGAAUCUACUCGAGGUGCAAGUACACCCAGUGUUGGUUAUUCCCCACAAAGUAGUGUAGAAGAGCGAUUGGAUUUAAAUAAUUCACAAGACCAUCAGAAUACUGAAGGUUCAGUGGAAUAUAUAUCAAGUGAAAAUGGUGCAGCUUUAACUAAUAGUGGGAAUAGUGCAAGAAAUAAUUCAAGACAAAGUGAUACCUCGCCAUUAUCAAAUUCCAACACAAGUAUUGGUGGUGAGUCACCCCAGAAAGCCCUACCUCCGAAGAAACCUGCCAGGACAAAACAGAAAUCUAACAUUACAGACCUCAACUUCUCCAACUACAAGAUAAAGACUCAGAAUGGUCAGCAGAACCCACAACCAAUGACCAGUUCCACGAGUGGAGUUGCCACCAGAAAACACCCAGCGUAUGGAAAUACAGAAUCACCCAGGCCAGUAUCAAAGGAGGCAAUAUCCAGUGUACCACUACAGCAUCACACAGAGGACAUCAUAGCUCCACAAGACAAACACAGUACCUUGGCCGAGUCCAGAGAGAAGAGUGCCUCCCGAGGAUCCCUGCUGGAGAAAACAAAGGGCAAACUACGCAAGUUCCGUAAUUCCGUCAGUCUAGAGAACGGCCUGGACAGUGCAGGGGUGGAUGGUCAUCCUGGUGGCAGUAGCCUUCCAAAGGGGAGUAAUCCUAAUAAACCUGCCAAGGGAGGGCACUCUUUCCUGCCCUUGAUGAAGAAAGCUCCAUCAUUGAAGUCACUUACCUCCCUUUUUAAGAGAAAGAAGAAAAAGGGAAAGUUUAACAUUGAAGACAGUGAACAAAUGUACGAUGGUUCUACCCUCACUCUCAACAGCGUUGGAACUGGCAACGCCCCUUUGUCAGCCAGACAACGACAGCAGUGGUCUUCAUGCCACACUCUUCCCUCUAACACACCCACACACACCAAUCAGCCAAUCAACAUGCAGCAAGAUCCCACCCAUCCAAUCACAGGUGGCCAAAAAUCAAAUCAUCCAAUAGGAAGGCUUCAGAGGUUGAACCCAGAUGGUUCCCAGCAAAUACAGCUGGUGAAACCAGAUGAUGGCCCUCUUGGAUUUUUUAUCUCUAAGGGAAACGCCAAAUUUGGAAAUGGAGUGUUUGUGUCCAGAUUUUCAACUGUCAGACCCGAACGGAGUUUUGCUGGUUUACUGAAUGUCGGAGAUGAAAUACUGGAGGUUAAUGGCCACCCUGUUCGCGACCUGUCUCAAGACGCUGUUUACGAGCUGAUCUCUGCUAGUCCUGUCAUCGUCAUGAAAGUUUUACCAUUUAUAGCCAGAACAGAUGUAUGAAACAUCUAUGUUUAUAACGUUAUGUGUAUAAGGACAAACAAAUGUAAUGUUUUGUUUUACGGACUUUGACCAACGCAAAUUGUAGUGAGCAAAAUAAAAGUACUAUCUUUUUCAUUUUGCUUAGAAACAGAAGUGGGCAAAGGCAAAAUACUGCUUUUUUUCUAUAUUUAUAUAAUUAUAUUUAGAAAGAUAUUCACAAACAAUAACAACAUUAUUUACCUAUUUAAUUGUAAGUUAAAGGAAAUAGUCUCAACACGAUAUAUAUUUAUUUGGCAUACCUAUUUAAGUCUCCCCGAAGUUCUCACAGAAGUUCUCAUGGUUUGCAUUGUUUUAUGCAUGUUGCCUUCACAUAAAACUUUGUUUGACUUUAUUUUUUUUCAAUUAAAAACAAAGGCAUUCAUGAAAAAUUGGUAAACAUCUGGAACCAAACAUCAGUUCGGGGUGAUCAUGUAAUUUAAAUUUCAAACACACUUGAGUGUAAAAAAAAAUGUUAGCAGCUAUUAUAAAGGCGGUGUAUUAGACUCAUUCCAAUUUUGGUUUACUGGUAAUUGUUGUGUGAAAUGUUUGAUUUGUUUUCCAUUUUUAAAUUCAUUCUAUGAAAAUAUUUAUGAUCUUUCUAUAAGAAAUCCAUUUAGUUAAGAAAUCCAAAGGUUUGUUAUAAGUUUUGUAUGCUGUAUGUGAUUUUUCAUUGCAAAUUUUGAAAUCUUAAUGAAAUAAACUUUGUGAGGAGAAUGUUCACAGUAUCUUUUACGCAUUCGUAUUUCCUUUUUUCAUAUAAACUAUGAAUUUAAGAACAGAACUGAAGUAUGAUUUAUUUGGAUUUAAACAUUAUAGCAUUUCUCAGCUAUAGAAGGCAUAGACAAGUCCAUAUGGCUACAUGUAUAUCUUAAACCAGGGUCGUCAGAUACCUUACUGUACACUUUAUUUAAAAAGAAAAUAAAUUUCUAAUAAAUGCAUUUUAUAAAAGUUAAUUUGUUUUAAUCUGUUUUACAAUUUUCCUGUGAGGCAGAUGUACGGCAGGCAAUGAUCAACUGUAAAAGCACAUCUUAAGACUGAAACUAUGGUUUAUCAUGAUAAAUGUUAAAAAUAACAAAUCGCCUAAUGCGCAAAAUUGAGGAUUUAAAAAACAACAAUUUAAAAAACAUUUAAAAAUGUGAAGUGAUCAUUUUUUUUUGUGGUACAGUGUACCGCCCGAGUUUUAGUUAUAGCCAUGCAUACAGCUUUGUGUAUGGCCUGGAUUUUGUUACAACCAUGGCAUAUUCAUGUUUGUCUGCUCUUAUGUCUGCUCUUGUUAUAUUCUUAAAUUGUAUGAAAUGUUUUAUCUCAUAAAGAUUUCAAUGUUGAACUUUACUAUUCUCCGUGCAAAAUAGUUUUUGAAGAUUGUUAUCAUAUUGCAAUAUAUAAAGGUGAGUUAAAUUGAAUUGCAAUAAAUGAUACCGUAAUUGUUUUUAAUAGCCCUUUUUGUAUGAAAAGCGUUUGGGCUAGGGUGAUUGGUUUGGUGCUGUCUGCAUGCAAAAACUACAAACUUGGCCAUAACAUAUAAAAAAACGUUCCAAGGUAUUCAAAUGAAACUUUUUACAAAUGUUUACCAGAGACGAUACAAACAUGUAAUGCAAGGUCCACGACUCUGAUUUUAUCAAAGUUGUGCCCCUUCCAACAAAACAAAACAAUUCAACAGGCAUGCGAUGGCAUUCUCGCUGAAGCGCCCCUGUUUCAUAGUUGAACUCAACAAAAAGGUGAUAUUAAUUUUUAUUUUUAGAUCAUUUCUUCAUAAUUGCCAUAACUCAACUCUUUUUGUUAUUUGUGUAUUUUCGCGUAUAUUAUUGUUCAAUUUAUCUGUUCUAUAAUUAAGGAAAAUAGUUCCUUUUUGUACAAUGUAUUGUUACAAUAUUUGUCAAGCCAGUAUGAAUUGAUAUUUUAUAUUUUUGUAUUCAACUUUCAAAUUGACGUUAAAUUUAUGAUUAAUCUGAUGGCCAGUGUUAUGAGAUAGACUUAGUAUAUUAUAACUUACCAAUAUAGAUAAAUAGUAUUGGGUCAUUUCUUUAGUGAUGUACAUAAGUAUUUGCCUUAUAUGCAAAACAUAUUACAUCCACUAGUAUAUAUUAUAGGCCUUUUUUCAUACAAGUAAUAUAUUAGGUCACUCAAAUAACUGAUAAUUCUUAUAUCAUACUGACUUUAAUUGUUGUCAUCAAAAUAGAGUAAGAGAGAAUACCAGUUAUAAAAAAACCCAUCACAUAUACAUGGGUCAAUACUAACUAUAUUUCCCCGGAUUCUGAAGGGACACCAGAAACUGCAAUCAAGUUUCUUUCCUGAAGUCCGGUGUCCAAGUUAAAAUUUGGACAUGUUUUUCUCUAAUUUCUCUAAUGUGUUUACACCAGUUCUUAAGGCUAACCAAAAAGAUUGCAUUAAGUAUGGUGUAGAAAAGCUCUUCAAUUCUACAGUUUAGUUUAUUAUUGGCGUCCAGUCACAUGCUUGUAAUUAAUGUGUCUUUAAGGUUCCUAUCUAUCUUAAUGCAUAAAAUUUACGGUGCCGGCAUCGUUGGAUAGCCCUGAUACACUGCUGCGCUUUGCUUAUAUGUGUACCAUGGGCAAUUUGGUUUGGAAAAUCUUGUAAUCAUGAAUAAUUAAUGAGGCAGUUUCAUUGAUUCCACAAGGUACCAAUGCAGAAAUAUGCACAGACACUGAAAAAAUAUUAUGGUGAUUGCUUGAAGUGAACAUGGUCAACAAGUUUACUACAAGAGCCACGAAGACCACUCGCCUGUUGAGCCAGCUGACAAUUUAGAUUUGUUUUAAGAGUGUUUAAUUUUAACAUCCUUUCAUGGAAAAGAGAGUUGUCUCCCCUGACUCAUGCAUGGCCCUUAAAACGAGAUUUUGUCAGUCAAUUAUAUCCCACAGUAUUCAUUAUUGAGUGUAAUAACGAAAAAAAGUAUCAUGGUUGCUGAUGCUGGGUGUUCCUUUGGGAUGCUUGACUAGCUGGUUGUCCCUUCAGUAUAAUUGGUGUCCUCUGGAUCCGGGGACACUGUUAGUGUACAACGGGGACACUGUUAGUGUACAACGGGGACACUGUUAGUGUACAACGGGGACACUGUUAGUGUACAACGCUGCCUAUAAUCAUAUUGAAAUGUUAUGCCCUAUGUUAUACAAUAGAGGUAGUAUUAAAAUAUAAAGUUAGAAGUAUUAGCAUUUAAAUAUAUAUAUGUUAAUAAUACGAUUUUUUUUUAUGUGUAGACUUUCAAGAUUGUGUUUUGUAAACAAUUCAGACAAGUGUAUGUUUUAAAUGGGCCAUGAUGGGAAUUCCGUCUUCGGACAAUGUUUAUUAUUACCAAUUUUGAUUCAAUUUUAUAAAUUUUUCUGUCUUUCUAAUCAAUCUAUUUCAAGCUAAUAUCAUUACAUUUAGAAAAAUGUGAGCGAAACAUUAUGUAAGUGUAGCUUCAUGGAGGUUACAUUUUAUACGUUUUUGUAUUUAAAUCAUGGUUAAUGCUGUUUCCCUCCAAACAUUUAUUUGCGAGAUAUGUCUUUAGAUAUCACAAAAAUAAGAAAUUUGUCAAUAUGUUUUUGAACUUUAUAAGUACCAACUGCUUUUUUUAUGCUGAAAAUUUAAGCAUUAUUAUUUAAAUGACUGGUCGCUAUGGAAACUCAUUCGUUUAUUAUGCAUUUAAUUAUACAAAUAAUUGUAUUUUAUUCAUAAAACAACUGACUGAGCGUAAAGUUAAAUGCAUACAAAACAUAACAUUUUCUGCCAAAUUUGUUCAUUUUAUGAUUUAACUUCAUUUAAAAAAUAUCAAUUUUGUCUGAAAGACCUAAAUUGUUGUGUCGCGCCUAAAAUGUAGUUGGAUCAUUAUUUAUCUACUUGCAAGUAUUUUAGUACAUUAUUAAACAAGUCUUUAGGAUAAUAUGUAUAUGUAUAUUUUGUAUAAGAUGAAAACUUUUAAAUUAAUUCUUCCAAACUCAUAAUAAAUAUAUGUUAAGUGUGCUUAUACCACCGAAUAUCAGUGGUACUCUGUAAUUGUUUGUAAUAUCUAUGUUACUCAUAGAAUGUUUACAUAAUGUAUGUACUAAA